UAUAAUUAAUUAAAUAUCUUUUUAACGAAUUUCACAAAUUAAGCAGCUAAUUUAACUGCAGUUUAACCAUUAAACAUUUGUACUCUUUUUUGGUCAGUGAAGAACUGACAUUAACUGAUUAAUAAUGACGUUUAAUGGAAUGCAAGCAAAGAAAAGGAAAAAAGGAGGAUAUCACACAUGGAUUGCCCGCAAUGUCUAUGAUGCAUUGCCGCCAUUUGCCAUUGUCGCUGGACACGAUUCCGACAAUGAUCCCAUCUAUGUGGGUCGUGCCUAUCACAAUGGUGAUCUCUUGCCCUGCAAAAUUGUGCCAGGCAAACAGCAGGCCUAUGUGGCAUGGGGCGGUGAGGAGAUCAACAAACAUGAUUUCGAAAUUCUGACGGGACAUCAUUAUUCUUGGAUACCGGCAUCUGGUGGUUUUGUUCCACCCCAUGCCCUGCGUGUGGGCCAGACAACUGAGGGUGAGGCUUUGUAUAUUGGACGUGGAUACUUUUCGGGCAGUCUGACACCCGGCAAGGUGCAUCCAUCGCAUCGUUGUCUCUACAUUCCCUUUGGCGGCAAGGAGCACAGUCUAGAGGCUUAUGAGGUACUGGUUCAACCCGAGACUUGGAUCUCAUCUUCUGGCAGCAAUAUUGUGCCUGGAACUGUUUUGGCUGGACAUGAUGCCGAUGGUGAUACUAUCUAUGUGGGCCGUGCCUAUCAUGAAGGUGAUUUAGUGCCAGCCAAGGUUAUUCCAAACAAGGGUUGCGCCUAUUUGCCAUACGGUGGACUGGAGUAUGUGAAAUAUGACUUUGAAUUGUUGGCCGGUUAUGGUUAUGGUUGGGUACCAGACUCCCUGGGCAGUGUGCCACCAGGCGCUGUGGUAUGCGGCAGAACAUCGGAUGGUGAAGCCUUGUACAUUGGCCGUGGCAGUUAUAAUGGUAGUUUCACUCCUGGCAAAAUUCAACCAUCGCAUCGUUGCCUUUACAUUCCAUUCGGCGGUGAGGAGGUCCGUAUCGAUUCAUACGAAGUGCUCGUCAGAUCUUAGGGGCCUCCCCCCAAAAAGUGGAGAAGGAGAAGGAGAACUCAUCCCGAGUUUUGAUUUCACAUCUUUGGAGACUUUUUUAAUGCAAUUAAAUUAUUAUUUAUAUGUAUAAGCCAUCAAGGGCAAAACUUAAAAUAUAAUGCCAACAAAACACUCAUGGAAAAGCAAAAAAAAACAAAAA